AUUCCUCCUCUUCUUCGUCCUCUGUAGAGAGAGAAACUGCCAUUGACUCGGCAUCACUUGAGAGAGAGAGAGAGAGAGAGAGAGAGAGAGAUGGUGGACGACAUUAUGGUGCGCGUGGACGGGGCCACCGCGAAGCCGGCGGUGGCACGCUCCGAUUCGGCGGUGGACGGCGAGGGCAGAGCGCCGGAGAGAGAGAAGCAAAUGCAAGCGAUGGCGGGUGUGGUGGUGGUGGUGGUCGACGGAGGGGAAGGGUGCUCGGCGGCGGCGGCGAAGAAGAAGGCGAGGGAGAGAGUGGUGGUGGAGUGCAGGAUAUGCCAGGAGGAGGACGAAGUCCAGGCCAUGGAGUCUCCCUGUGCCUGUAGCGGUACUCUCAAGUUUGCCCACAGGAAGUGCAUUCAAAGGUGGUGCAACAAAAAAGGUGACAUCAACUGUGAGAUUUGCAACCAGGUUUUUUCUCCAAAUUAUUCUUCGCCACCUGCCACUAUCAGUCCCGAUCUUGUGGCCAUUGAUGUCAGGCGAGCAUGGGGCCCACAUAUCAAUCUUCGUGAUUCUCAUCUUAUAGCGCUAGCUGCUGCUGAAAGGCAAUUUCUGCGAUCUGACUAUGAAGAGUAUGCUGUUGAAAGUAGUAGUAGCAUUGCCUGCCUCCGUUCCGUGGCUCUCAUUUUGUUGAUAAUUCUACUUCUACGCCAAGCUCUCAUGAUUACACGAGAAACUGGAAUGGUGCAAGAAUCAUCAAUGUUUUUCGAUUUUCAGGUAUCAGUUCUUCAAUUUGCUGGUUUUCUCUUGCCAUGCUACAUAAUGGCCAGAUCUUGGUACAUACAAAGCCGUAGGAGACAGGUUUAAGUGAAACUGUCUUGGCAAAAUCAUGGAUAGCUGGUUGUCUACUUUUACCUGAAGAGAGGGUGUGCUGCUUAUGGAUCUGACUCUUCGGAGUACUUGAUGUGGGGGAACUGCAUUUCAACUGAAGGUGUAGUUGUAGUCUUUCCACUCUUACUCUGACCUCGACAAAUAAUAGAAAACAAAAAAACAUAAAAUUGGAACGAAAAAAGACUAGUACAAGUCAAAGAAAUGACAUGGAAAAGGAGAGAAAUUGACUGAUUAAUGUAAGGUGAGGGGAAUAUGAGACGAAAAAUCGAUGUAAAUGAGUGUUGAUGGUUUUUCUUUUAUUUUCUGUAAGUUUAAUUUGAUCGAGAAUCGAUCGUUGUGGUUGUUCUGUAUUGGCCUUUCCACGACUAGGGUGUUCUUCAGUGUGGGCUCUGACAUUUAAGAAUGAGAAGUGUAAAUAAUUUGGAUACCAAUGAAUUGCUCGAGUAGGCAUUU